AUGGAAGAGGUUGGUGUAGAUUACUUCCUUGAUUUGGCAUCAAGAUCAUUGCUGGAACAAUCAAGUGGCAGUAAAUCAGGUUGUAAAGAUCUCACUCUAUUACCAAGAGAUAUGUGGAAACUCAUUAACUUACGCCAUCUUGAUAUUAGCAAAAUUGCCAUAAAGGAGAUGCCAAUGCAGCUGAAGCUCCAAAACGUUGUAUCUCCUACAAAUGCUCUAAAAGCAUGCUUGAGUGAUAGGGAGUAUCUUGAGGAGUUGGUGUUGGAUUGGAAUGCAUUGGAUACUAAUAUUUCAGAAUGUCAAAGAUCUUUACUUGACAAUCUCCGACCCCAUAGUAACUUGAGAAGUCUCGCUAUCCAUAACUAUGGCGCCAAAAGUCUUCCAGAUUGGGUUGGGCAUUAUUCGUACUCUAAUAUAGUGUCUCUUCAACUAAAAAAUUGUAAACUUUGUCCCAACUUGCCACCACUUGGAGAGCUACCCUCUUUGCAGCACCUCUCUAUUGUCGGGUUUGAAGGAGUUGUUAAAGUGGAUCGAGGGCUACCAGUUGAUCUUCCAUCUGCAGUCGAACUAGAGAUUCUGGAAUGUCCGCAGCUGGAGGCUUCACUCCCAAAGGCUCCUUUUGUACGAAAAUUACAGUUAAGAGAUUGUAAUGAGGUUCUGUUAAAGGAAUUGCCAACUAAAUUGGAGGAGCUCAAAAUUGGAGGAUUUGGGGCACUAGAAUCCUUUCCCAUGGGAAUGGUGGCCCCCAUCAACUGUCUUCAUGUGUUAGAAAUCGAGAAAUGUAUGAAGUUAGAGCUCCCAACACACUUAGACUUUUCAUCCCUUGAAAGAUUGUUGUUGGACGAUUGUGAUUCCCUCAAGUCAUUUCCAUUAGAUUUAUUUCCAAAGCUUAAAUCUAUCGAUAUCUGGGGGUGUAAGAACCUGAUAUCUUUUACAGAUUCAGAACAACAUGGACGUGAUUUAGCGAUCUUGCAUAUUGCCAUCGGAUAUUGCCCUAAUUUUGUAUCUUUUCCAAAAGGAGGAAUUCGUGCCCCCAAACUUUCAUUCUUUUAUGUCGCUAAUUGUGAAAGUCUAAGGUCACUGCCAUCGAAGAUGCAUAUACUCCUCCCUUCUCUUAAUGUUUUUCAGAUAUUUGAUUGUCCAAGAGUUCAGUCGUUUCCCGAAGGGGGCUUGACUUCCAAUGUUGUAAAUAUGGGUUGGGGUUUGCAAAAACUCCCGUCUCUUAAAGAUUUGAGGAUCGGUGGCAAAUAUGAAGAUGUGGUAUCUUUUCCAGAGCCAGGGUUGCUGCCUUCGGGUCUGACUUAUCUUUGUAUCGAUGAAUUUCCAAAUAUGAAAUCUUGGGACAACAAAGGGCUUCAACACCUCACCUCUCUUCAACAUUUGAGGGUCAUGAACUGCCCUAAGCUCAAUUGCAUGCCAGAAGAGGGGUUGCUUACUUCCCUUUCUGUAAUAGAGAUCAAAGUAUGCCCUUUGUUGAGGAAACAGUGGCAAAGCAAGAAAGGAAAAGAACGGCGAAAAAUUCCUAACGUCGAUCACAUAUUGAUUGAUGAUGAAGAAUAUAUUGGAUGA